GAGCCUGCUUCAACACUACGCUUCAUGGCAGCGCAGGCAGGGAAACUCAGCCUUGGAGUCUCUUUGCCUCGUGGCUGUGGCGCGGCGUCUCUCCAUGGAAGGAAGAAGUGAAGAAGCUGUAGAGCUCCUGCGAGAGGCCGCUAGGAGGCUGCCUCUGGAAGCAGCUGCUGACGGAGUUUGGCGGGCUUGCGGGGGCGACCCGGAGGAGCUGCCGAGGAAAGCCUGGAAGAUUCGAUCUGGGAACGCUUAUGCCAAGGAGUUGCGGCUUCUGCAGCAUAUCUUACGGGUUGUGCCUCCUGGCUCGGACAACAUCUUGGAGGUCAUGGAGUCGUAUGGCAGGGACGAGCUGCCCAGCUUCAGCAAGUGGCUAAAGAUCGCCGGAGGCGAGAAGGCUCAGCUGCUAUCAGCCGCAGCAGAAGCCAGUCCCAAAGGAGUGGCGCUGGAGCUGGGUCUCUACUGCGGCUUCUCUGCGCUGCGAUUGAGCUCCCAGAUGCCGGUAGUCUCUGUCGAAGCCGACUUGGCCCACGCCCUCAUUGCAGAAGCGGUGCUCAACUUUGCAGAGGCGGCCCACAAGGUUGAAAUCGUGGUUGGUCAUACUGAGGAGAUGCUUCCUUGGCUGAUUCGCCGGAUGAAGCCGAGCCAGACUCAAGUUGGCUUCGUAUUCAUGGACCAACGCGGCUCCAGGUACCAUGCCGAUCUUGACCUGUUGAUUCAGUCCGGAGUGCUGAAGGAUGGUGCCAUGGUCGUAGCGGACAACGUUCUCAAGCCCGGGGCGCCGCGUUUCCUCUGGGCGCUGGCACAGCACUCCGCUCUCGCCACUCACAUUCUGGAAGUGGAAGAGUAUGCGAUGCCAAACGUGCCAGACUGGAUGACAACGAGCAUCUACCGUGACACAGCUGGAUCAUGUGAAGCGCUGGUCUGCGAGGCGCCUGGAGCCAUCAGACAGCUGGAGUGGGAGGCCGAACAGAUGCGAAGCAGAAGCCAUGAACCGCAGCAUGGGGGCAGCGGAGUUGAUUUCGGCCAAUGGUUGGCCUUCUCGAAUGCCAUGGCAUGCUCAGUCACAGAGGCUCUCUCUUUGAAAGUGACGCGCUUUUCCCAUAGCCUUGCGCGCGGCGGCAUGAGA